GCGAAGAAAUAUAUUUAAAAAUAAAUUUAAUGUCGCCCAACACCCCGACUCUGCUUCGUUUCCACGCGCACGAAACCCUAGACUAGAUAAAAAUUCCCCUCCCCUCGUCGCAAUCCCUCGUCGCCGCCUCCGGAGCCACCGUGAGAUCUGCCCGGUUCCGCCGCCCGGACCCUAGGGGACUCCCUCCCCUCCUUGAUCCGUUCGGGCGGCCGGCCGGCCCUCCUUCAAAACCGGGGAUGGUGUUCUACUUCAAGGUGCGGCCCGAGGCCGGCGAUUACACCAUCUUCAUGGGCCUUGACAAGUACGAGAACGAGGACCUCAUCAAAUACGGCUUCCCUGAGGACAUCUGGUUUCAUGUAGAUAAGAUGUCCUCUGCACAUGUAUAUGUGAGAUUGAAUAAAGGUCAAACAAUGGAUGACAUGAGUGAGGGUUUGCUGGAAGACUGUGCACAGCUUGUCAAAGCUAAUUCCAUUCAAGGUAAUAAAGUCAAUAACAUUGAUGUAGUUUAUACUCCAUGGUACAAUUUAAAGAAGACCCCUUCAAUGGAUGUGGGUCAAGUUGGUUUUCACAACCCUAAAUUGGUUCGCACUAUUAAAGUAGAAAAGAGGAUCAAUGAGAUUGUGAACCGCCUGAAUAAGACAAAGGUGGAACGGAAACCUGACUUGAAGGCCGAAAGAGAGGCUGUUAGUGCUGCUGAAAAGGCAGAAAGAAAGGCACAGCUUAGAGACAAGAAACGUAGGGAAGAGAUGGAAAGGCUUGAGAAAGAGAAGCAGGCUGAUAUCAGGAGCUACAAGGGUCUAAUGGUCCAAGAGAAGAUGACUUCCAACAAGCAAAUUGCUUCUGGUAGCAAGACCCUGCAAGAACUUGAAGAAGACUUUAUGUGAUAGGGCAGACAUGAUAAAUGUCACGCUGAAGAUUUCCUUGAACUGCUUUUGUCGAAGACAGAAGGGGUAUCACAGGCUUGCGAGAUACUGGAUCUAAACGACUCAUGGGGCAGGCCAUGGCCUGUUAUUGUCUCUUGCUGUUGUGGUCUAUGUAAACCUGUUUACUUGCUGAAAAAACAACAGUGCAUGCUCUAACUGUGGCUGAUGUAGUGGUCUGUUGUUCAUCAAGUUGAAAUGGUAAUGGAGUUCUGCUUUCCUGGAUUUUUUGAACAAUAAAUACAUGGCAGCAGUUAUCGUGGAUA